AUGAAGUAGAAUUAAAUUGGUAUUUUUCGAUUAAUAAUAUUUAUAGGAACUUAAUUACUUAGUAUAAAAAGAAUGAUCCAAACUUUGGAUUUAGACAAUAAAUAAUAAUAAUAAUAAUAAUAAUAAUAAUAAUAAUAAUAAUAAUAAUAAUAAUAAUAAUAAUAAUAAUAAUAAUAAUAAUAAAUUAAAAGUAUAUAUCAAGAUAAUCAAAUAACACUUGAAUAAGGUAUUUAAUUUAUUCAAAAUCAUAUUAGGAAUAGAAUUACUAAAUUAAAAAAAAUGGUAGGAAGCUAAUGAAAAAAUAAAUUAAUAUUUAAAAUUAUGA